AUGGACGGGGACGCCGCCGCGCGUGCGCGCCGAUGGGCGGCGACGAAAAGCGCCGCCACCGGCGCGACCCGACGCGAGGACGCGCGACGCGCGACGGCGCGAGAGGCGCCGUUCGCGGCGAGCGCGAUCGCGGAGCGCGCGUUAGCGGUGCUGGAUGGAUCCCGGUCGGUCGCCGCGGGCGGCGGCGCGGGAAUCAUCGCGCGGACGGCGAGCGCGCCGUUGGAUCGGAUCAAGCUGCUGUUUCAAGUCCAGGCGAUGGCGUCGAGCGGGACGUCGGCGACGGCGUACACGAGCGUCGGGCAGGCGUUUCGAAAGAUUUACGCCGAGGAGGGGAUAUUGAGUUUCUGGAAAGGGAACGGGGUGAACGUCAUUCGCGUGGCGCCGUACGCGGCGGCGCAGUUGGCGUCUAACGAUUACUACAAGUCGCUGUUGGCGGACGAACAAGGCAAGCUUGGGGUACCGCAGCGCCUUUUGGCGGGCGCUUUGGCGGGUAUGACGGGAACAGCCAUCACGCACCCGUUAGACACCGUGAGGUUACGCUUGGCGCUACCGAAUCAUGGGUAUAACGGGAUGAUGCACUGCUUUGGAACGGUGUACCGCACCGAGGGCGUCGGCGCGCUCUACAAAGGUCUCGGGCCGACGUUGGCUGGCAUAGCCCCUUACGCGGCGAUUAACUUUGCGUCGUACGACAUGGCAAAGAAGAUGUACUAUGGCGAAAACGGUAAGGAAGAUAGGGUGUCUAACUUGGUCGUCGGUGGGGCUUCGGGCACGUUUAGCGCCACCGUGUGCUACCCGCUCGACACCAUUCGGCGACGCAUGCAAAUGAAGGGCAAAACUUACAACGGGAUGUACGACGCCAUCACGACAAUAGCGCGGACUGAGGGCGUGAAAGGUUUCUUCCGCGGAUGGGCGGCGAAUACACUCAAGGUUGUGCCGCAAAAUUCUAUCCGUUUUGUGUCUUUUGAGAUUUUAAAAGACCUUUUCGGCGCUCCGGCGGCGAAACGUUGA